CUCCGAGCCCAACAACAAUACCUUCAACAGUCUCUCUACUAGCCUGCUGGUCGGGACUUACAAGGAAUAUAUCACUAAGACGAGAACUUCUUGAAGUGUUUGCAUUUAUUUGAGAAGUUCAGCAACCAAGAAAAUGAUGAAGACAAUGGUACUCGCGGUUGCCGUGUUGGCUCUGUGCCUCAUUGUAGCGGAAGCCAGGCCGCCGCGAAAGGGAAAAGGAGGUGGCGGCCGCCGUCCCAGGCCCCUGAUGCGCCAGGCGAAGUUCUGUAAAGGACUCGUGAACGGAAACAUCACCAACGAUGACGCCACAUUCGACGCCGUUUUCACAGAUGUGACCUCAGUGUGUGGCGAUUUGCUCCAAUUUCUGGAAGACAACAAGCCAGUGGAUGAAUCUGAGCGUACCAAGCGCCGUGCUGGAGGACGUGGAGGUAAAGGACCUCGUGGCCCCAGGGUAGGAGACGACACUGAGGGAGGCGAGGGCGAGGGCGAGCGCGAGGAACCGACAUCUGUAGAGAAACUGCUAAACUUCUGUGAUGGAGUCGAGAAAUUCGAGCCCACGGAUAAUGCACCUGAGGGACUUCAAGAGAUUUUGGACGAAUUCCAAACACCAUGCGAUACAGCGAGAAAUCUUGCUGGGGAGGAUGAUGGAGCCGAGGAUGAGGCCUAAACUGAGACUGCCAAGGAUGGAAAUGUGCAAUGUGUUAGCGUAUUAAAUGAUAUUCCGUCAGUUCGUUAACAAACUGUCAAAUAAUCCAGGGUAGUUUCAUCACGGAUUCAAAACGAAGUUUAGACAAAUUGACUCAAUAAUCACUCAUGAUAUUCCCAGACGAUCUUUACUUAAACAAACUGACAAAGUGUCCCUUUAUUGUGCCUCACGGUGCCUUGUUUAACCUUAGUUUCUGUUUAAUAGUUAUAUAUGCGGAGCUUCUGACAUUUAUGUUAAAAAUGUUGUUACGUGAAAUAUUCGUUCAUUGUUAAAAUGUGAAAAUGUUAUUCCAUACUGACAGGCGUUUGCACAUUACAUUGUAUUGAUAUUGAAAUAAAAUGCAUGAAAAUCGC